AUGACCCAGACCCCGAUGUUGAGUUGCAGUCAAACAAGGGGUCUCCCAGGGUUGCCCCCUCUCCCCCCUGAAGGUGCAGAUAAACCAUCGGAUCUUUAUCAGAUUGUCCUCAAGCACAGUGAGCACCCGCCAAUAAUGCAGGGAAACUCCUGGACAUUGGCAGCACCCUUUAAAGAACAGAAGUUUCACCGCACCCCUAGUGAAUCCAUUGCCAACAACUACACACCAAGUGCCAGCCAUCUGAAGAUCAAAAGCCUUCCCAGACCCAACCUCACCAGAGCAACCACCCAAGCCUCUAUGAGCAGGAAGAGGAGCCAUUCUCCUCCGCCAAUGAAAUCACCCCGUAAUGGUGCCAUACCCGACAUAUCACCCAGGUCUAAGACCUUUGCUGGAAGAAAGCCAAAACAAAAUGGGCAUCAAAAUGGUCAAGCCAACGGUCAUCAGCUACCUCUGAGCCGACCUAUGACCCCUGAAGAACAGAUGAAUGUCAUCCGUGGGGUGGAGCACGACGCUGAGAAAACAUUGGGGGAGCCCUCUGAAAGGGAUUUAGAGAGGUACUAUUACUACAUCACAAAGGGUAUCACGGAGAGCAUGGUGGCUGCUCCCCCGGCUGCGAUGAUGGACAAUGUCAGUAUGUACAUUCCUGAACAUCUGCUGGAGAAGCAGCAUCUGACCAAGCUCAGGGAAAGCAUUCAAGAAGAGAUCCUCAAGGACUAUGACUUCAGUUCCAGGAAAGCUAUCAUUGACUACAUCCUUGAUGACCCGGUGGAGAAGACACGCCUCCACAUCUCCUGGAUACCCCGCCCCUUUCCCCAUCGUGUCAUCCGAGCCCCUGUGCCUUGGCACCAUGCCUACCUCACGCACAAGGAGAUCAACAAUCAGCAUCUCUUCAUGACGAACCCUAUCAUGUUGGAGUUACAGAAUUUGUGGUAUGAUAGCUUUUGUGGAGCUCGUUUUGUUCGGCUGACGGACCUCAUGAAUACAGAGCUCCCUCUCUUGCCCGGUGAGUUUGAAUCCCUGAUCAAGCAGCACUGUAUAGACGCUCGAAAGGUCCUGCAAAACUCGUGGAUACCUACCUGCGCCGAGAUGUUCAUGAACAAGAAGGACCUGUGGGCCCACCUGGUCCCGUCCACCGAUACCGACUCUACCCAGAGAGUGCAGGAGUUCUUUGCCUGUGUAGCGGCUGUCAUGUCGAUCCAGCUCAGGUCCAUGGUCAUCAACUCUCUGAAUGACUUCCUUGAGUUCUUCAAUGUUCACAAGGCUGGUAAUGACUUUGAGGAUGAAUACAAGGAACUUCAGUAUGUGAUGCCCCAGGUCAUGAUCAUCAAGCUGAGAGUAGAGGAGCCCAGGAUUGUCUUUGACCCUCCCUUUGUAGAAUGCAGAAACAUCAUCCUCCGGUGCUUCUCAGAGAUCAUCACAUCUGCAGAGGGUCUACAAAGGGUGGAGUGUGCCAUAUUCCCUCAGAUGGCCAACCAGAAACUCCUGCUUCGAUCUGUCAAGCUUGAAGAACAACUGGUCACAGACUUCAUCGACAAAGCCAUGGAGAUUUUCAAGCACAAUACAGUCGGCCCCACAAGGUACCUCAACCAGUACAAGAAGUACCACGACCUCUUGAACCAGAAAGCCGAUGCCGACGUGACGGCCUUCCUCAAGGAGACCCACUCCUUGCAGGGCUUCAUCAAGAAGAUCGGUAGCUACCAGCAGCUCAAGGAGGAAAUCUCGUCCCUGAGGAUAACGGUCCCCCUCAGCAUGUUCUGCCUGGACUGCAAGAUGCUGAACAAGGACCUGUGUGACCGGGCGCAGAAACUCAAGGAGCGUCUCAUCACCUUCGAGGUGGACGAGAACAGGACUCUGAACAAAGGGAUCUGCCGGCGGUAUGACGAGAUCGCAGAGAGACUCGGAGAGACACCCACCACUACGGCUGAGAUCGUUGCUCUGGCUGAAUUCUUGAGGAUAUCCUCUGAGGUCACAGUCUUCAAGCUCAAAGAUGAGGUGGACGAAGCUGCUAACAGGCUCAUGUUCCUCUUGGACUAUGCUUUUCUGCCAUACGAAGACAUCAAAACCAACAGCACGGUGUUCUACUGGCCGGAUCAUAUCCAGACCAUCUUUGAAGUGUGCCGUAACCGCCUCAUGUCGCGCAGGGAGCAGGCCGAAGACGAGCUCAAGAAACGUGUUCAUCGUUACGAAGAGAAGCUCAACGAGUACGGCCGAGAGGUCGACUCCUUCCGCAAGAAGGAAAUGCUAAGCCUGGAUGAGAUGAAGACCAACGUGGACAAGCUGUCUGAGAUUCAGCAGCAGCUGGAAGCAGCUCGGGAUGAGCUGGAGGGGCUGAACACGGAAGAGGAACUCCUGGAGUGGCAGCCCAGUCAGUUCCCACAGCUCCAGCAGAUGUUUGUCAACAAACAGCCCUAUGACAGUCUCUGGAACACCGCCCUCAACUUUCACACCAAGUAUGAGGAGUGGCUGAAUGGUCCUUUCUUGGGACUGAACGCCGAGGUGGUGACCGAGGAAGUGGACUCCAUGUUCCGUACCAUGUACAAGCUGUCGCGGAGUUUCUCGGACCAGCCCGGUCCGCAGAGGAUAUCCAACAACGUCAAGGGAAAGAUCGACAAGUUUAAGCAGCAUCUUCCGCUCCUAGGCAUCAUCUGCAACCCUGGUAUUCGCGAGCGCCACUGGACGAGGAUGAGUGACAUUGUAGGCUUUGAGCUACAGCCCAAGAAUGAUACAUCACUGCUUCAAAUGCUGGAGCUUGGACUCACAAAAUGGAGUGACCAACUUGAAGAAGUCGGAGCAGCUGCUAGUAAAGAGUACUCCCUUGAGAAAGCCAUGGAGAAGAUGAAGUUUGAGUGGAAAGAUAUUACUUUUGAAUUCUUGCCGUACAGAGACACUGGUGUGUCCAUCUUGUCGAGUAUCGAUGACAUCCAACUCCUCCUCGAUGACCACAUCGUCAAGGUACAGACUAUGAGAGGAUCACCGUUCGUCAAACCAUUUGAGAAUGAAGUCAAGGAAUGGGAAGAGAAGCUGGUGACCAUGCAGGACAUCCUGGAUUCCUGGCUGAAGUGCCAAGCCACCUGGCUCUACCUGGAGCCAAUCUUCAGCUCGGAAGACAUCAUCGCCCAGAUGCCCGAGGAGGGCCGGAAGUUUGGCAUCGUGGACAGCUACUGGAGGGACAUCAUGACCGAAGCUGUGAAAGACAAUAAAGCCUUGGUAUGUACAGGUCAGCCUAACAUGUUGGGAAGGCUACAGGAGUCUAACGUCCUCUUGGAGGAGAUUCAGAAGGGUCUCAAUGAUUACCUGGAGAAGAAACGACUCUACUUCCCAAGGUUGUUCUUCUUGUCCAAUGACGAGCUUCUGGAGAUCCUGUCGGAGACCAAAGACCCGCUGCGUGUCCAACCGCAUCUCAAGAAGUGCUUUGAAGGUAUCUCCACGCUGGAGUUCACAGAACAACAGGAGAUUGUGGGAAUGAUCAGUGCUGAAAAGGAAAUGGUUCCUUUCUCCAAUAAAGUGUAUCCAGCAAAAGCCAGGGGUAUGGUGGAGAAGUGGCUCCUACAGGUUGAGGAGACCAUGAUGGCCAGCGUCACCAAGGUGUGCAAGGAAGGCGUGGCAGCGUAUGCAGCGAACCCUAGGAACAAGUGGGUCCUGGAAUGGCCCGGCCAGGUGGUCAUCUGUGUCUCUCAGACCUUCUGGACCGACGAGGUGGCCAAGGCUAUCAAGGAACCGGGUGGUCUCAAGAGAUACACAGACCAGAGCAAUGCCCAGUUGAAGCAGAUUGUUGAUCUUGUCAGAGGGAAGUUAGAGAAGGGACACAGAGUCACAUUAGGAGCUCUUACUGUCAUUGAUGUUCAUGCCCGUGAUUUGGUGCAGAGCUUUGAUGAGAUUGGCGUUCAGAGUGUCAAUGACUUCAAUUGGCUGAGUCAGCUGAGGUACUACUUCAACGGCGAGAUCAUCAACGUUCAGAUGAUCACCACAGAGCUACCCUACGGUUACGAGUACCUGGGCAACUCAGGACGUCUGGUUAUCACACCCCUCACCGAUCGUUGUUACAGGACUUUGAUGGGAGCCUUGAAGCUGAAUCUUGGGGGAGCCCCUGAGGGCCCAGCUGGUACAGGAAAGACUGAGACUAGCAAGGAUUUGGCAAAAGCUGUCGCUAAACAGUGUGUAGUAUUCAACUGCUCCGACGGUCUGGACUACAAGGCCAUGGGCAAGUUCUUCAAGGGCCUUGCCCAAGCCGGAGCCUGGGCCUGCUUCGACGAGUUCAACCGCAUCGAGCUGGAGGUGCUGUCGGUGGUGGCCCAGCAGAUCCAGAGCAUCCAGCGCGCCAUCCAGACCUACCAGAAGAAGUUCCUGUUCGAAGGGACGGAGUUGACCCUCAAUCCGACCUGUACCAUGUUCAUCACCAUGAACCCUGGCUAUGCUGGUCGAUCAGAUCUUCCCGAUAACCUGAAGGUUCUUUUCAGAACUGUGGCUAUGAUGGUGCCCGACUACGGCCUUAUCGGCGAGAUCUCUCUCUACUCCAUGGGUUUUGUGGAUGCCCGGAGCUUGUCGGGAAAGAUUGUCGCCACCUAUCGUCUCUGUUCCGAGCUUCUGUCAUCACAGCACCACUACGAUUACGGAAUGCGUGCCGUGAAGUCCGUUCUAACGGCUGCAGGAAACCUGAAGCUCAAAUACCCCGAUGAACAUGAGAGUGUGCUGGUCCUGAGGGCCAUCAAGGAUGUCAACCUUCCCAAGUUCUUGGCCCAGGACGUUCCUCUGUUUGAAGGCAUCAUAGGUGAUCUGUUCCCAGGGACGGUCCUUCCUGAGCCAGACUACGUGGUCUUCUUAGAAGCACUCAAGGAGAACAUCUCCAAGCUCAAGCUACAGCCAGUGCCAUGGUUCAUCACCAAGAUCAUUGAGGUUUAUGAGAUGAUGUUGGUUCGUCACGGCUUCAUGAUCGUAGGUGAUCCUAUGGGUGGGAAGUCCAGCGCCUACCGGGUGUUGGCCGGUGCCUUGGGCGACCUUCACGCCGCCAACCUGAUGGAAGAAUUCAAGGUUCUCCUCACCAUCAUCAACCCAAAGAGUAUCACCAUGGGUCAGCUCUACGGCUCCUUUGAUCCAGUCUCUCAUGAAUGGACAGAUGGUGUUCUUGCUAACUCCUUCAGGGAGCAGGCUGCUUCCACCACAGAAGACAGGAAAUGGCUCAUCUUUGAUGGCCCCGUAGAUGCUGUGUGGAUCGAAAAUAUGAACACUGUACUGGAUGACAACAAAAAGCUGUGCUUAAUGAGCGGUGAGAUCGUCCAGAUGAGCAACAAGCAGAACCUGAUCUUCGAGCCCGAAGACCUGGAGCAGGCUUCUCCGGCCACAGUCUCCCGCUGCGGUAUGAUCUUCAUGGAGCCCCACCAGCUGGGCUGGAGGCCCCUCAAGACAUCCUACAUGAACGAGCUGCCGUCGUGCCUGUCCGAGGAACACAGGGAGCUCGUCAAUGAUCUCUUUGAGUGGCUCAUUGAUCCAUGCCUGGAUUUCCUCCGUCACGAGUGCAAGUUAUUUGUUGAGACGUCGCCAAUCCAUCUUGUAUUCUCUCUGAUGAGGCUCUACACAUGUCUUUUAGACGAGAUAGCUGCUUCAGGUUCAGAAGGAAGUGAAAUGAGUAAUCAACAGAUCACCCUGUGGCUCCAAGGUCUGUUCCUGUUCAGCGUGGUUUGGAGUGUCGGUAGUACCAUGAACGGAGACAGCAGGAAGAAGUUUGAUCAGUUCUUCCGUCUUCUCAUCAGCGGAACGCAUCCAGAUCAUCCUAAACCAAAGAGCAUCAAGAUCACCAAGAGCAAUUCUUUCCCAGAGAGAGGGCUGAUCUACGACUACUACUUCCACAAAGCUGCUAGCGGACAAUGGAACGAUUGGAUGGCCUACCUAGACAAGGCCAAGUGCGAGAUCCCUUCAGGAGCGAAGGUGAGUGAUCUGAUCAUCCAGACCAACGAGACGGCUCGUCAAAUUUUCUUCAUGGAUGCCUACAUCUCUCACGAGGUACCGCUUCUUUUCGUGGGGCCAACCGGUACUGGCAAAUCAGCCAUCGCCAAUGAUCAUCUGAUCGGCAUGCCCAAGGAUAGGUAUGUUGCUAACAACAUCAACUUCUCCGCCAGGACCUCGGCCAACCAGACACAAGACAUCAUCAUGUCCAAACUAGACAGGCGUCGUAAAGGAGUGUAUGGUCCCCCAAUGGGUAAAAAGUGUGUGGUAUUUGUGGACGAUCUGAACAUGCCCGCUAAAGAGAUCUAUGGAGCUCAGCCGCCCAUUGAACUACUCAGACAGUGGAUAGAUCACAGGCAUUGGUAUGACAAAAAGGAUACAUCUAAACUCGAGAUCGUUGAUGCACUACUACUUUCUGCAAUGGGACCCCCUGGUGGAGGUAGGAACCAUAUUACAGGUCGGUUUACGAGACACUACAACAUUAUCUCCAUCGACUCCUUUGAUGAUGACACCAUGGUCAAGAUCUUCACUUCUAUCAGUGACUGGCAUUUUGCUCAAGGCUUCGACGGCGCUUUCUCCAGACUUGGAAAGAUCAUGAUUCAAGCCACCUUGGGAGUCUACAAAGAAGCCAUCACAAACUUCCUGCCGACGCCUUCCAAGUCUCACUACGUCUUCAACCUCCGUGACUUUGCCCGCGUGAUCCGGGGGGUGCUUCUCGUACCGGCCACGGUCAUGAAGGAAGACGACAAGGAUAAACUGAUCCGCCUCUGGAUCCACGAGAUCUACCGGGUAUUUUAUGACAGAUUGGUUGAUGACAAAGACAGAAUUACAUUCUUUGAAAUAGUAAAAGAAACCACCCAGUCCAUGUUUAAGCAGAGCAUGGAUAAAGUAUUAAGUCACCUCACUCCAUCUGGAAAACUCAUUGAUGAUAAUAUUAGAUCUUUAUUCUUUGGAGACUUCGGCAACCCCGACUCUGACGAUAAGACCUACGAUGAGAUCACCAACAUCAAAGAGCUGACGGGCACCAUGGAGUAUUACCUGAGCGAAUUCAACCAGAUGAGUAAGGCCCCUAUGUCCCUGGUCAUGUUCAAGUUUGCCAUUGAGCAUAUCUCGAGGGUCAGUCGUGUCCUGAAGCAAGACAACGGACAUGCCCUGCUCAUCGGUAUCGGUGGCAGUGGACGUCAGAGUGCAACCAAGCUCGCCACAUCCAUGGCUGAUUACGAGCUGUUCCAAAUUGAAAUUACAAAGAAUUACACCCAUAAUGAAUGGAGAGAAGACAUCAAAAAGCUUUUGCUGAAGACCGGUGCAGAAGGCAAACAGACCACAUUCCUGUUCAGCGAUAAUCAAAUCAAAGACGAAUCCUUCGUUGAAGACAUCAACAUGAUUCUGAACACAGGGGAUGUCCCUAACCUCUAUCCCGCCGACGAGAAGGCUGAGAUCAUUGAGAAGAUGCAGGCGGUAGCUAGAGCCGAGGGUAAAAAGAUUGAAGCCACCCCUCUUGCCAUGUACAACUACUUCAUCGAGAGAGUGCGCAAGCAUCUCCACGUGGUGUUGGCUAUGAGUCCCAUUGGAGAUGCAUUCAGGAAUAGACUGAGGAUGUUCCCUUCUCUCAUCAACUGCUGUACUAUCGAUUGGUUCCAGGCUUGGCCAGAGGACGCCUUGGAGAUGGUUGCGGAGAACUUCUUUGAAGAUAUGGACCUUGAUGAUCAUGUCCGGAAGGAAUCUGUCACCAUGUGCAAGCACUUCCACGAGAGCGUCCGUAAGAUGUCUGAAGAGUUCUUGGACACGCUGCGUCGUCACAACUACGUGACCCCGACCAGCUACCUGGAACUGAUCCUCACCUUCAAGAAGCUCCUCCAGCUGAAGCGCGAUGAGAUCCACACCAUGAGAAACAGGUACGUGGUGGGUCUGGAGAAGCUUGCCUUCGCGGCAUCGCAGGUCUCCGUCAUGCAGCAGGAGCUGACGGAUCUCCAGCCGGAGCUGAUCAAGACCUCGGAGGAGACGGUGAUCCUCAUGGAGAAGAUCGAGCAGGAUACGGUGGAGGUCGAGGCCCAGAAGGAGGUUGUUGCAGCAGAUGAAGCCGUAGCCAAUGCAGCAGCCGAUGUUGCACAGGGCAUCAAGUCAGAUUGUGAGGCGGACCUUGCUGAAGCUAUCCCUGCCUUGGAAGCAGCCCUGUCUGCUCUGAAUACUCUCAAACCAAGUGACAUCUCUAUGGUCAAGUCCAUGAAGAACCCUCCUGCCGGUGUGAGGCUGGUGCUUGAAUCCAUCUGCGUGAUGCGUUCAGUCAAACCCGAGCGUAAGCCCGAUCCCAAUGGCAGCGGCAAGAUGGUGGAGGACUUCUGGGGACCGUCGCAGAAGCUGCUCGGAGACAUGAAGUUCCUGGAAAUCCUCAAGACAUAUGAUAAAGAUAACAUCGCCCCUGCUAUCAUGAAAAAGAUCAGGGACAAGUACAUUCCAAACCCUGACUUCAAGCCAGAAAUCAUCAAGAACAUCUCUACUGCCUGUGAAGGUCUUUGUAAGUGGGUCCGAGCUAUGGAUGUUUACGACCGUGUGGCAAAGGUGGUAGGCCCCAAGAAGCAGAAGCUUGCCGAAGCAGAGGCUGAGCUGGCUGUACAGAUGGAGAAACUCAACACCAAACGAGCCCAGCUCAAGGAGGUGUCCGACAAACUCCAGGCUCUCAACGACGAGCUGGAGCGGAUGGUGGAGAAGAAGCAGGACCUGGAGGCCAACAUCGAGCUGUGCUCCCAGAAGCUUGACCGCGCCGAGAAGCUGAUUGGCGGUCUUGGCGGAGAGAAGGAUCGAUGGGAGAAAGCGGCCAAUCUCCUGGGUGAGAAGUUCAUCUCUAUCACGGGGGACGUGUUGAUAUCGUCCGGCGUGGUAGCGUACUUGGGUACCUUCACUGUGGAUUAUAGAACGAGAGCUACCGAUGAAUGGCUGAAGCUUUGUCAGGAGAAGAAGAUCCCGUGUUCUGACACCUUCUCCCUGAGCGCCACGCUAGGCGAACCCGUCAAGAUCAGGGCCUGGAACAUCGCUGGUCUACCCGUGGACUCCUUCUCCAUUGAUAACGGUAUCAUCGUGUCCAAUUCCAGACGGUGGCCUCUUAUGAUUGACCCUCAGGGUCAAGCCAAUAAAUGGGUGAAGAAUAUGGAGAAGGCCAACCAGCUGUCCAUCAUCAAGCUCUCGGAUGCGAACUAUGUAAGAACCCUAGAGAACAGCAUCCAGUUUGGCAAGCCGGUCCUCCUGGAGAAUGUCGGUGAGGAGUUGGAUCCUCUGCUGGAGUCCAUUCUGCUCAAACAGACCUUCAAAGUGUCUGGUGUCUUGUCUAUCCGGCUUGGUGAGAAUGUGAUUGAAUGGUCACCUGACUUCAGGUUUUACAUCACGACGUCGUUGAGGAACCCUCACUAUCUACCAGAGAUCUCUGUCAAGGUUGCGUUGGUGAACUUCAUGAUCACACCGCUGGGUCUCCAAGACCAGCUGCUCGGUCUGGUAGCCGCCAAGGAGAAACCAGAACUGGAAGAGAAGAAGAACCAACUCAUCGUGGAGAGCGCCAGUAACAAGAAACAGCUGAAGGAGAUUGAGGACAAGAUCCUGGAGAUCCUGUCAUCGUCAGAAGGAAACAUUCUGGAAGACGAGACGGCCAUCAAGGUCCUGUCUUCGUCCAAGACGCUGUCGGAGGAGAUCUCAGCCAAACAGGAAAUCGCUUCAGCGACUGAGAAGGAGAUUGACGAGACGAGGAAUGGCUACCAUCCCGUGGCCGUCCAUUCUGCAACGCUCUUCUUCUGUAUCUCUGAGCUGGCCAACAUUGAACCUAUGUACCAGUAUUCACUCACGUGGUUCAUAAACCUAUACAUUCAGUCCAUCCAAAACAGCCGCAAGUCUAACGUCCUGGAAGAACGCAUCGAUAAUCUGAACGAUCACUUCACCGAUAGCAUCUAUAAGAACGUUUGCCGAUCUCUCUUUGAGAAGGACAAACUUCUCUUCUCGACCAUUCUCUGUGUUGGCAUUAUGAAAAGCAGGGGGAAAGUUGACGACACUGAAUGGCGCUUCUUGUUGACCGGAGGGGUGGCUUUGGAGAAUCCUCAUCCGAACCCUUGUCCUGAUUGGCUGACUGAUAAGGCGUGGGCGGAGAUUGUCAGGGCUUCCGAUCUGGAAAACCUUGAUGGCUUCAAAGAGCAUGUGAAAGCUAAUACUGAUGCUUGGAAGGAAGUAUAUGAUUCAGCCACGCCCCAUGAACUCAGCUACCCUGCUCCAUUCGACAUGGUGACGGGUAUGCCCAAGAUGAUCAUCCUUCGGGCCUUCAGACCGGACAAGAUGGUCCCGGCAGUCCAGAACUACAUCGUAGACCAACUCGGCCGCAACUACAUCGAGCCUCCGACCUUCGACCUUGCCGGGAGCUUCGCCGACUCUCACAACUGCGCCCCUCUUGUCUUUGUGCUCUCCCCCGGAGCCGACCCCAUGGCCGGGCUGCUGAAGUAUGCCGAUGAUAACGGGUACGGCGGGCCACGCAUCAGUACCAUCUCGCUGGGGCAGGGCCAGGGUCCCAUCGCGGAGAAGAUGAUCGAGUCGGCGAGGGAGGCCGGUACGUGGGUGGUCCUUCAGAACUGUCACUUGGCGACGAGCUGGAUGCCGAGGUUAGAGUACAUCUGCGAGGAGGUGCUGAUACCGGAGAACGUCCACAAUGACUUCAGGCUGUGGUUGACCAGCUACCCGUCCGAUGCCUUCCCUGUAUCCAUCCUUCAGAAUGGUGUAAAGAUGACCAACGAACCUCCUAAAGGAUUGAGAGCUAAUCUCACCAGAUCAUACCUGAAUGAUCCCAUCUCAGAUCCUAGCUUCUUUGAGGGUUGUAACAAGCCUGAAGUCUGGCAGAAGCUUCUCUUCAGUCUUUGUUUCUUCCACGCCCUGGUCCAAGAGAGAAGAAAGUUUGGUCCUCUGGGUUGGAACAUUCCGUACGAGUUCAAUGAAUCUGAUCUUAGGAUCAGUAUGACACAACUAAAGAUGUUCUUGAAUAACUAUGACGACACCCCGUACGAUGCAUUGACCUACUUGACUGGAGAAUGUAACUACGGUGGGCGUGUCACAGAUGACAAGGACAGACGUCUUCUUAUGUCUCUCCUCUCCAAGUUCUACACACCGGAGGUCACCGAGCAAGAUAAUUUCCCGUUCUCAGACAGUGGUAUGUACUACUGCCCCCCGCAUGGUGACUAUGAGAGCUACGUGGAAUACCUGCGUGGUCUGCCUCUCAUACCCCACCCUGAGGUGUUCGGACUUCAUGAGAAUGCCGACAUCACCAAGGACAACCAAGAAACACAACAGUUAUUUUACGGGAUUCUUUUGACCCUUCCUCGACAAGCGGGUGGUGGAGGCAAGUCACCCGCCGAACAGAUUCAAGACCUUGCGAGUGAUAUCCUCUCUAAGCUACCUCCAAACUUUGAUCUAGAGAUGGUGAUCAAGAAGUACCCUGUGACCUAUGAGGAGUCCAUGAACACCGUCUUGAGACAGGAGCUGAUCCGCUUCAACCGCUUGACCACCGUGGUCCGUGCCAGCCUGCAGAACAUCCAGAAGGCCAUCAAGGGUCUGGUGGUGAUGUCUUCGGAGCUCGAGGAUGUCUUCAACUGCAUGCUCGUGGGCAAGGUGCCUCCCAUGUGGGCUGCCAAGAGUUACCCGUCCCUCAAGCCCAUGGGGAGCUACAUCAAUGAUCUUCUUGCCAGAUUGAAGUUCUUCAACGACUGGAUAGCUAAAGGUGCCCCUGAUGUAUUCUGGGUGUCUGGAUUCUACUUUACACACUCCUUCCUAACUGGUGUGAGUCAGAACUAUGCCAGAAAGUACACCAUUCCUAUUGAUCAUCUUGGAUUCCAGUUUGCUGUCACCGACUACGAAGAUACCGUCAGUGCCAAGCCUGAGGACGGAGCGUUCAUCAAGGGUUUGUUCUUAGAGGGAUGUCGCUGGGAUCGGGAGACCAAGGUCCUGGCCGAAUCCCUGCCCAAGACGCUCUUCGACACCAUCCCCAUCAUCUGGCUGAUGCCCGGCCGGAAGGCGGACUUCAAACCCGCCUCCGUCUACAACACCCCGGUCUACAAGACCACGGCCAGGCGGGGUACCCUCUCCACCACCGGCCAUUCCACCAACUUCGUCAUGUGGAUGGAGCUGCCGUCGGACAAGACCCAGAGGCAUUGGACCAAUAGGGGCGUGGCCGCUCUCUGCCAGCUGGAUGAUUAGUUACCAUGGAAACAAUACAUUUCCAGGAGCCGAACAUAAACUUGGAUGACUAGUUACCAUGGCAUGGAUGCAUUUACAAGAACUGAACAAAAGAUUUAUUAUAUCAGGCAAUAAAAUGUGUUAGGUGUUAGGGAACAAUGUUAAAUUUAAUGCUGAAAUAUGAAGAGGUAAACCUAUAUGAGAUGGUUCACUUAAUUGAUUUGAAUUAGUCUUCAGAUCAUACUACAUAUCUUUCUGGGUUUUUUUAAUUUUAUUAUUUGUUUUAUGCGGUGUUGAUCAAUCUCCACGAAGUAAACAAAUAGAUAGAAGCUUCUAUUGUUAAAAUGGACCAAACAUACACUUCUACAACAUGGAAAUUAGGAAACAAACACAAAAAUUCAAACUAAUGAAGGUUGCUUUUAUACUGCAAUAAGUUUCAUAAUAAUGAUGAGCAACAAACAUACUUCAUUUGUGAAAGCUCUCUUGAUUUUAUUGCAUAUAAAAUUGAGGAGAAAUGUAUUUGUUACCGGCAGCCAUUUUGAACAAUAUUUAUUUGUGGAAUAGAAAUAUGGACAGAUGUUUAUUGUGAAUUAAAAUCAAUGAAUGAAGAUUUCAUAUCUGGCUUGUGAUAGGUACUGAUGAAUUUUAAAUUUGCAAAGAAAUUAUUGAAUAUUCUGUUCAUUUUGUUGUGAAAUUAAUUUUGAGCUUAGGUGUACAAUCUCAAUUGAUUCACUGCAUGGUUUCAUAAAAAAAUUUAAUAUGACCAUUGGUUCUGUAUUAUAAAGAUUAAAUGAAUGAUAGGAUGAAAAUAAUUAACAUGUUUUAUUUCUAUAAUGUUUGUAAUAUUCUAUAAUAUUGUAAACUAAAUCAUAUAUUUCUAAUGUUUUAUUCAAUUAUUUGUAUAUCAGUACAAAGAAAUAAAUAUAUUGUCUUGGAUGUUUUAACCAACAUUCUACUGUGUGAAUUAGUUCAAAAUUUAGGUGAAAAUCUGAGAAUUUUCAAGCCAAUGAGAUGCUUAUAUUUUCCUAUUGAUAUGUUUCCAACAUUAUAGUCAUAUUUGUAUAUAUUCAUAUAACAGAUGCAAAUAGAUAAUUGACAUCUUCUCUAUUGCAGUGACAAGUUAUUUCUCGAAUGUUAGAUUUUUCUUUUGACUGUAAUUUCAAAUCAAAUACUUGAUUUUAUAAAUGUGAAUAAGUGUGUCAAAGAUUUACAAGUCUGAAACGUCAUUAAUAUAUUGGUGUAUUUUUGCACAUUUGUAUAAAUUUAACAAUGAACCAAUCCAAUUAGCAUUGAUUUUAGGAGCUAUGCAAUUAAUUCUACCUAUUCAAUUGAAAAUUAUAUCUAUAAUUCUUUCAUUCCUAUUUGCGCCGAAGCAGCUAUAUUGGUAUACAAACAAAUUUGCUAUAAGAGUAUUCAAAGAUUCUUUAUACUUAUAGAGUUUUCUUAAUAAAAUGAUUCAUUUCUGUUAUGAUGUCUGUAAUUGUGUAUAAAUUCUGAACAAAAUCUGUAUACAGAUAAUGGCUUAUAAAAAGAAGUUCUACGAUAUUUUAGUCAUAUGUUUACAAGAGAGAACUUUUGUCAAUGUGAUGUAUUGAACAAUUCUUAGAAUCAGUGAUUUUCAAGGUUUUCCAAUCAAACAACGGAAAUUUGGUAUUAAUUGGAUGGAAGAGAAGUAUUAUAGAAUAUCCGAGUAUAUGGCACGAAACCAACAAUUUUCUUGCUUUGUAUUCAAGUUUAUAUGGAAAUCUUGCCUGAUUCUAAGGAGAGUCAUGUUCUAGUUUAAGCGUGUUCAAUUUAAUGAUCUUUAAAAGCCACGAGAUACCUUACGAUUGGUGUGCGACCCGAUUUUGGAAUAAAGCACCGUUACAUUUGUGUUGAAUCUCGAAGGAGCACCUUACUCUGCUAAGGUCAAAAUCAUCUAUCUGUGACAAUACAACCGUUCUUAUCAGAAUUAAAGUGGAUAAAAAAAUGUAAUCAUCAUUUAUUUUUUUAUUUAUUAAUGACAACAUAACAACGGUACUACCGGAUAUGAUAUGAAACAAAGCUGACCUUUGUUCCAAACCAAAUGCUUGCAAUUAUCCAAAAUAUCUUUAUUAAUAUUCUAAAAGUUUUGAACAUCAAAUUAAAGUGUUCUAUGUAUUCAUAUUUUUUUUAAAUAAGGAAAAUGUAAUUAGUCCCUAAAUGGGUUCGUAGACCAGUCGCAAGGUGUGCGGUGGCCUUUGAAUAUGUUCCGUGUAAUGAUGUGUAAGUGUAUUCAGUUUGAUCUUUAUUCUGUUGUACGUAUACUUGAGUCUUCAAGGCCAGUCAUUCCAUUUCUUUUCAUUUCAAUAUAUUUUCUUUGUGGAUUAUCUUAGAUGGUACAUGUGCAGCGCUUGCACCGUUCAGCCUCCCAUUUGUUUGCGUGCAACAAGCUAAGUAGGCAUUGUACAAUUUAUGUAUAGAAAAGUGACAUUCCAGUAACAUAUGACUUUCUUGGCCUGUAACACAAAGCUUAGCGAUUAAUCAUUGAACUUGUUUUCGUAAUUGAUUGCAGUGAUCAUAAUUGCAACCAAUAUGAUCAGCGACUAGACUUUGUGUCACAGCGCCAUGAAGUAGUACUGUAUUAACUUACACUUUUCAGAGUAUUUAUUUCACUUCAUGACUUGUAAAUAUUGUACAUUGAAAAUAUAUUACCAUAGUAAAUAUACUAUUAUGGAGUAAUGAUGCUCAUAGUCGAGAGUGCGUCUCCUUGAGCGAGUUAUGUAUAUUAAAUAAAUUGAUAACUGUGUGUGUGCCUUCAUUUUAGUAUUUAACACUACAAUAGUGGAUUAGAGCUGCCUAUUUUUGCAUCUUCUUGAAUAUUCCGUCCUGAGAGGUACAUAUAUCACCUUGAAAAUUCUAAGUGAGCUAUUAGAACAAACAAGGAAAAAUGCUGUGAAUUGAUCAAAUGAUUUUCUAAUUUUCAAAGAACUACUUUCAUUGCUUAUUAAUUGUGUAUUAUACUGCCGCAAUAUAUUGAUGUGUAUCUCUAUGCAAAUUUGAUAUUGUAAAAGCUGGUUUUUGUGCAUUUGGUAUGGUUGUAUGAGCUACAAUAAAAAAAAAAUGUAACAUAACUUACAA